ACCUUGAAAUGUUGCUCCGAAUGGUCGCGUUUCGUGACCUCUCUCCUCUCGGAAUUGUGCUGGAAUCGGCCUGUCCCACUCCAGUCCCCUAGCGGAGGAAAAUGGGCCUACAGUGAGAAACUGAAAAUAAGGAUGAGCGCCAUGUCUGAUCCUCCGCUUGUGGAAUAGAGCGGACGGGCACAGCGCAUUUAUCCCGGGCCGCGGGUCCCCCUCGGGGUUUCGUCGCGAAACUAUGGCCGACAGCGGUGGGAUUCAGCAGGGUUCGCCGGCCAUCGGAGCCGCGGGCUCGGUCCCGGCCGCUCCCGGAGCCGGGGGAACGGAGGGCUCCGGCGCCGCAGGAGGAUCCGCACGCAUCGCCGUGAAGAAGGCGCAACUCCGCUCCGCACCUCGGCCGAAGAAACUGGAAAAGCUCGGCGUGUACUCAUCGUGCAAAGCCGAGGGAGCCUGUAAGUGUAACGGCUGGAAAAGUCAGAACCCCCCUCCCACACCGCCCCGGACUGACCAGCAGUCAAACGCAGUCAACCUGCAGGAGCCCUGUCGCAGCUGCUCUCACACUUUGGGUGACCACGUGACCCAUCUAGAGAACGUUUCGGAGGAGGAAAUCAACAGACUUCUUGGUAUUGUCCUGGAUGUGGAGUAUCUCUACACGUGCGUUCACAAAGAGGAGGAUGCUGACACAAAGCAGGUCUACUUCUCCCUCUUCAAACUGCUGAGGAAAUCCAUUCUACAAAUGGGUAAACCGAUGUUAGAAGCACAGGAGAGCCCUCCGUUUGAAAAACCCAGCAUUGAGCAGGGGGUGAACAAUUUUGUCCAGUACAAAUUCAGCCACCUGCCGUCUAAGGAACGUCAAACAAUCAUGGAGCUCGCUAAGAUGUUUCUCAACCAGAUCAACUACUGGCAGCUGGAGACGCCGUCUCAGAGACGCCAGAGGGUUCCCACGGACGACGCAGCUGGAUACAAAGCCAACUACACCAGAUGGCUCUGCUACUGCAACGUGCCUCAGUUCUGCGACAGCCUGCCCCGGUACGAGACCACUCAGAUCUUCGGGCGGACACUGUUGCGCUCGGUGUUCACUGUGAUGAGGAAACAACUGCUGGAGCAGGCCAGGCAGGAAAAGGACAAGCUGCCGCCUGAGAAACGCACACUAAUUCUCACACACUUUCCCAAGUUUUUGUCUAUGCUGGAGGAGGAGGUGUACAGCCACAGCUCUCCGAUCUGGAGCCAAGACUUCUUGGCAGGAGCAACAGGGGGGCAGAUUCCUAUUCACACAGUCAUCAGUGCACCCCCUGUGGCCAGGCCACUGUACUACAGCACUAGUCCCGUGUCAGUGGAUCCAUCCACCUGCGGCAGCGUCAGUCCAGCCAGGAAAACUGUGUUGGAGUCAAACCCAGUUGGAGAGAAGCGCAAACCAUCCGAGCCCCUUCCCCACGAGGAAAACAAGAGGCCCAGGGUGGUGGGUGACAUCCCCUUGGACCUCAUCAAUGAAGUCAUGGCAACAAUCACUGACCCUGCCGCCGUUCCUGAGGUAAAGGCAGAACAUAUCAAGACCAGUCUGCUGUCCGCCCACUCUGCACGUGACGAAGCUGCCCGUUUGGAGGAGCGCCGGGGGGUGAUUGAAUUCCACGUCAUUGGUAACUCCCUAAACCAGAAGCCCAACAAGCGGAUCUUGAUGUGGCUUGUCGGCCUCCAGAAUGUGUUCUCCCACCAGCUUCCCCGCAUGCCCAAGGAGUACAUCACACGGCUGGUCUUUGAUCCGAAGCACAAGACGCUGUCACUGAUCAAGGACGGCCGUGUGAUCGGAGGGAUCUGCUUCCGGAUGUUUCCGUCGCAGGGCUUUACAGAAAUUGUCUUCUGCGCCGUCACGUCCAACGAACAGGUCAAGGGUUAUGGAACCCACCUGAUGAAUCACCUGAAGGAAUAUCACAUUAAGCACGAAAUCCUCAACUUCCUCACUUAUGCUGAUGAGUACGCCAUUGGCUACUUCAAGAAACAGGGUUUCUCAAAGGACAUCAAAGUUCCCAAGUCCAAGUAUGUGGGCUACAUCAAGGACUACGAGGGAGCCACACUCAUGGGCUGUGAACUCAACCCCAGCAUCCCCUACACAGAGUUCUCUGUUAUAAUCAAGAAGCAGAAGGAGAUCAUUAAGAAACUAAUAGAGAGGAAGCAGGCUCAGAUCAGAAAGGUCUAUCCAGGACUUUCCUGUUUUAAGGAAGGAGUUCGGCAGAUUCCCAUAGAAAGCAUUCCUGGCAUACGUGAAACUGGCUGGAAACCUGUAGGCAAAGGGAAGGAACUGAAGGACCCCGAUCAACUGUACAGCACUCUGAAGACCAUCCUCCAACAUGUGAAGAGUCACCAGAACGCCUGGCCUUUCAUGGAGCCUGUGAAGAAAACAGAGGCACCUGGGUACUAUCAAGUGAUUCGCUUCCCAAUGGACCUCAAGACAAUGAGCGAGCGUCUGAAGAGCCGGUACUACACGACGCGCAAGUUGUUCAUGGCCGACAUGCAGCGCAUCUUCACCAACUGUCGUGAAUACAACCCUCCGGAGAGCGAGUACUACAAGUGUGCCAACCUACUGGAGAAAUUCUUCUACACCAAGAUCAAAGAGGCAGGUCUCAUCGAGAAGUAGAGCGAAGGAAGAGGACGUUUCUCCUCACCUUGAUAAAAGGACGAGGCAGGCCUCAGGCUGUAAGUGGUUAUGGUUUGGUUAUCAAGUGAUGCAAACGGCAGCUGUGUGUGCAGACAAGCCAAGAGUAGGACUACUGAUUCUGAAGCAGCUGGGGAUGUAGAAACAUAUCUCGAUGUAAAAGGUGCACACGGGUCUCAGAUCUGCACUCUUAAUGUUUGAUGCGAAGAUCCCGAAUCAGUAACUUUAGACUGAUAUUUACACUGAAAGAUAGGCCACAAGGGAAGGCCUCACUGACGACCUGAGACUGUUGCUGACAUGAAACGGAAAAAAAUCAACCUUGUGUCUUCAUAUUUCAUCACAUUUCCCAGCAUCCCAAGGAAAGAGAAAACAGUGGAAGGUGUACUAGUUAUACAUAUUAAUAGUGCAGAAAGCUUCUGUUGUGACAGCCGAUUGGAGAUUCACCACUCACCUUACGUUGUCUCUCUAGAGCUCCCCCUUCCUUUCAUAUUUUCAUCUUCUGCCUUUUCGAAUGUCUGCCUCCUCCUCUGUUGACUCGGGUAGAUAUGUCAAGAGCAGAAAAGACAUCUCCUGCGUAUUACGUCAUUACACAAGUGUUACCUUCAAGGACCGUGACUGCGAGAUCAGAUUUUCCUGUCUACAUAAUCUGGUUCCGGUGAGUUUGCACGCCAUUAAUGAGGUCAAAGUUCGUCUGUGAUGAGUUCAUCCUGCCAAAAGAGGAAUACAUACUUUAAAUUUGUACAGAUUUUAAUUAUUUUAAAGCACUUAUACCCAUUGUAUAUUUUAAAUGUGUAAAUAACAUAUAUUUUCAGUUUCAGAACUAAAAAAAAAAAAAAAUUUUGUACAAGCCACCUAGGGCAGUUUGACUAUCAAAAUGCACUUUUAUUUUUCCAAGUAUUAGUAGACAUAAACAAGAGCAUCUUCUUUUCUUCAGACUUUGUUUUGACAUAUAAAUUACCGCUGUUGACUAAGGACUAAUUUAACUAUCUAGAGUUUAUUCUUAUUUAUGUGCUGUAAUUUAAAAAAAAUGCUUUAGACAAAGUUAAUUUAUUUGUUAUUUUUGCCCUGCAGAUGGAGAUUGAUAACUUUAUACGUUGGAGAUAAAUGAAAUGAUUGUGCAAUACUAUGUAGUUUUGCUGUUUUGUAAAAAGGUGUUUGUACUUUUCAAACUUUAGGAAAAUACAUUUUGUAUGUAUGUCUGGAACAAUUCCUUCAUGCUCUUUCUACAACUGGUUUUAAUGACAUAGUAUUAGCCUAUUUUAUAGACUGAAUAAAACAGAAGUGAGGCUAA